AUGCGUCGUUUCAAUGAGCUACAAUUCUGGACAACCACUGAAAUAUUGCUCGCUCGCGGCAACGCAAAACGGCUCGCGGUACUCAAAAAAUUCAUCAAAAUUGCGACUCAUGCGAAGGAAAACAGAGACUUGAUGUCGUUGUUUGCAAUCACGCUGGGACUCAGCAACGUAGCAGUGAGCAGAAUCACGCAUCUCUGGGAUAAACUUCCAUCGAAAAUGAAACAACAGUACGCUGAAUUUGAGGCAUUGCUUGAUCCAUCUCGAAAUCAUCGUGCUUAUCGUAUGCUCACUGCGAAUAUGAAUGCGCCAACUGUACCAUUCGUCCCGCUUCUCCUCAAAGAUUUAACAUUUACGCACGAGGGAAAUAAAACAUACUUCGCAGGACUCAUCAAUUUCGAAAAAAUGGCAAAAGUGCCCAUAGCAUCUUCGCCAAAAGUGCUCACAGCAUCCUCGCCAAAAGUACUCACAGCACCCUCGCCAAAAGUGCUCAUAGCACCCUUGAAUUUCAAAGUGAUCGACAAUCAGCGACGCCUCAUGGAGCUAUCAUAUCAAAUUGAGCCAUCCAAAAGAAAACAGCGCACGUAG